CUCUGCUCAGCAACCCGAGUGUAAUCUGGCGUUUGCGAAGCAAUCCAGAUAUCAAAGUCGUGAUUGUAGCACUUCGACCUUUGACGAAGAGCUAUCUGUCCUCAUCUGUAUUCUUUGGGGGAGGGGUACCCGGUAAUCGCUACAUUGACCAUGGACAUAUCUAUUUCUCCGCAAUUAUCACAGCCCGGAAGCCAAGAUGGGGCCUAUUUGUCGACGCUGCGUGAUGUCGUGCCCUCUGCGUUAGGCAAAACCGGCUACGUCUCCGUAUUCUUGCUAGGCCGGGCAGCUACGUCUACAGGAUCAUCUUCACAGACCAAUCCGACGUCGCAACCAGCACACCAAUCGAGGACGACGAGAACUUGUUCCCGCUACCAAAAAACCCGCGACCCUUCGCUUCGUUCAUGACUCCGGCCGCUACUCAGGCAUUCCUGUCCCGAAGGUUCACCUUUGCAAGUCUAGUCGGGAGGAGCUUCGACGAAUUGACCGUCGAGCACGAGCGAUCGAGCUACGUGUCGUCAAUGCUAUGGCGAGAAUCCAGGUCAAGACCUGCAUAUUUCGACCAUAUAGGUGGUCCUUUGAAGUCCGUCUCGGAUGUGUAUUAUGGGACCUUGGAGCGCGAGGAAGCGCGUGCACUCGAAAAGGGGACUUGGCUCGAAAAGGAUGAGCUGCCCAACUCAAAGUUCGUAAAACACCUGCAGGUCCUCUCUACCUUCAUCCCUCACUUUGUUCCGCCUCCUGUAUCGUGUCAUACACCGUCCAGACCUGGCUCACCGUAACGUCAUCUCCGACCUCGAUGAUCUAUCCAAUGUCAUUGAGCGGGGAGGGCCCUCCCAUUCAUCCUCAUAGGCAAACGGUUCUAUUUGAGGCAAUACUUUGGGGCGAUGCUUGCACGGACUUUGCAUCAAACCCUUGGCGAUGCUGAAUCGGACCAACGCCACGAUCUGUGCAGAUGCUCCUUGUUACAUUAUGUCCCGCGAAGUCCUCGUUGGUGGUUACAAUGGGUGGUUCCUGCGUGAAGAUUGUAUCAAGGAGUCAUAGACACAUGCAUGCCUCAAAGUCGUCGGAUAUUCUGAUGGAAAGAUGAUCAUUGGUCC